AUGCUGUUGUUAGCGCUGAGUGAUGCUCACAUUCCUGAUAGGGCUACCGAUUUGCCUCUAAAAUUCAAAAAAUUACUAAGCGUUCCUGAUAAAAUUUCCCAAGUAGCUUUACUAGGUAAUAGCACGAAGUCCUAUAAUUUUUUGAAGUUUGUAAAUCAAAUAUCGAGUAAUAUAACAAUCGUAAGAGGAGAGUUUGAUAAUGGGCAUUUGCCAAGCACAAAGAAGGAUAAGGUAUCCGAAAGCUCCAGAAACCUGGAGGAGAUUCCUAUGAACAGUAUAAUAAGGCAAGGCGCUUUGAAAAUUGGUUGUUGCAGCGGUUAUACUGUGGUACCCAAGAAUGACCCCUUGUCUUUGUUAGCAUUGGCACGCCAGUUGGAUGUAGAUGUUUUAUUAUGGGGUGGCACUCAUAACGUUGAAGCUUACACCUUGGAAGGGAAGUUCUUUGUAAAUCCAGGUAGUUGUACAGGAGCUUUUAAUACUGAUUGGCCAAUUGUCUUUGAUGUCGAGGAUAGUGAUGAAGCUGUAACUUCAGAGGUCGAGAAAACACCUAAGGAAAGCGGAGCCAGGCAGGAGGACGAUUCUGUUGAGGGAGCAUCAGAAACUGACGUAGCUAAUGGGAAUGAGCUUAAAGCUGAAAGCCAAUUCAAAGAGGAUGAGGUCAAUAUAUCAGAUCUGGAUGUAAACGGGUCUAAUUCGCCAAGUUUUUGUCUCUUGGAUAUUCAAGGCACUACCUGUACGUUAUACAUUUAUCUUUAUGUUGAUGGGGAAGUGAAGGUCGAUAAAGUUGUUUAUGAGAAGGAAUAA